GAUAACGCGUGGAGUCUCUGUCCAUUCCUGUAUAGUCUCUAGUCUCGGGGAGGGGGAGGUUGGUGACUCCGCAGGCAAAGGCGACGGUACUGUGAGCCGCCUCACGUGUGUUUCGUGCUCUCUUUCCCCUCGUGUAGGACCGCGCUGGCGUGUAGGCCUUAGCAACAGCCAGAAGGAGGCGGAGCUGACGCGAGCGGACCAGCUGGUUCAGAUCCCUCCUUCAUCCACCCUUCUUCUUCUUCCUCAAUUCUUUCUCUUUCUUGUGUCUUCUUUUCGUCUUUCUCCUGUGCGCUGCGCGUCUCAUUCUGUGCUGCUGCCGCAGAAGGAAAGUGGUGGUGGCACCGCCAGCUUCGUGCCCCUACACCAUCUUGCCCUUCGCUCUCCCAGAAACAGUCUGAAGCUAUCUGCAGCACCUCCGACAUCGGCUGUGGGGUUUCUGCUCCGCCCCCUUCUAGGAGCAGAUGUUCCUGACAGUGUUACUUAUCAAUACAAUUGAAGUAUUGAAUUAUAUAUUAACAUCCAUAUAGCCAUCUUUAAAAAUGCUGAUAUCACUUUUUGUGGGCAAGAAUUGAAAUGGCUCAGGAGACAAACCAGACCCCAGGGCCCAUGCUGUGUAGUACAGGAUGUGGAUUUUAUGGAAAUCCUAGAACAAAUGGCAUGUGUUCUGUUUGCUACAAAGAACAUCUUCAGCGACAGCAGAAUAGUGGUAGAAUCAGCCCAAUGGGUAAAGGGACAUCUAGUGGUUCAAACAGUCCUACCUCAGACUCUCCAUCUGUACAGAGAGCAGAUGCUAGCUUAAGCAACUGUGAAAGUACUGCUAGUAGCACAUCUGGAAAAUCAAGAAAUGUGUCUGUUGCCGCUUUGCCUGUAAUGCAGCAAAUGACAGAAAUGAGCAUUUCAAGAGAGAAGAAAUUAUCACCAAAAACAGACAUCGAGCCAGUUGUUACUCAACCAAGCCCAUCAGUUUCUCAACCUAGUACUUCACAGAGUGAAGAGAAAGCUUCUGAACUGCUUAAACCAAAGAAGAACAGAUGUUUCACAUGCAAAAAGAAGGUUGGCCUUACGGGGUUUGAUUGCCGAUGUGGAAACUUAUUUUGUGGACUUCACCGUUAUUCUGACAAGCAUAACUGUCCAUAUGAUUACAAAGCAGAAGCUGCAGCAAAAAUCAGGAAAGAGAAUCCAGUUGUGGUGGCUGAAAAAAUCCAGAGAAUAUAAACUAGUCUAUUUGUGAAAAGACUGACUUUUGUUUUAUUUUAAUAUGCCCUAUGAAAGCAUUAAAGAGCAGAUGCAUGGCCAUUUUCUUUUGUUCUCCAAAGUUUUCAUUUUAGCCUUGUCUGUCUUAAUGUUUUUUCACGAUGUUUGGGUGUUUGUCACAGGCAGAAUUGGAUAGAUACAGUCCUUGAAAAUGUAUAUGCUCUCCUCAGAAUAUGAUUGGAUGGCUAGAACCUGCAUGGGAAUACACAUGCACAGAAGACAGGCUCUGGUUCACAUGUGCCAAACAGAUGUUUACUUAAUGUUUGCCGCAGAUCUUCCUUUUGAGAUGUUCAAGGUGUUUAUGACUAACCAAAGACUGUGCCUGUUUGGGAGGAGGAUAUGUCAGAAAGGCUGAUGGUCUACUUCUAUCCAUUUGAAAUCUUAUUUUAUUUUUAGUUUCCAUGCUUCAUUGUAUUCCAGCAGAAUAUAAGACAUGUAGAGGGCUCUACCAUCCAGUAAGAUGAGUGUUGGUGCCAUAUUUAAUAAAAAGUAAUUUAUCAAUUGCAAUGAGAAAAAUGGGGAAAAAAAAUCAGAUAUGUAUGAGAAGAAAACUAUUUUAAAGCAGAUAACAACUUUAGAAUAAUGAAAAUUAUAGUAAUUUUCCAAAGGAAUGUCCUGUUAGAAAUUUAAGAACUGUCCUGCAACAGUUGUCUGCUUUUCCUUGCAUAGCUAAUAAUGUUGUGUAGCACAAUAUUGUGCUAAGAUUGACUUAGAAAACAAAACCUAUAGGUGGGAUUUUUAGACAUACCACAGCAACUCUGUCAAAUGACACAUGCAUCUGUGUAAGUUGCAGAAGUAUUUCAGCAGUUUAUUAUUCAUGUGCUUCUUAAAUUCAGCACAUUCUGGGUUCAAAAACUAUUACGAGUUUUUUUUCAGUUAAAAAAAAAGUUUUAAAUGUAACAAUUGUUGUGUAUGGGAAUCAUACCCAACAUGACUCCUGUAGACUUAAGUGGGAGCUGGAACCACUCUUGGAAGGCUGCUUUAUCAUUUUUAAUAGUAUUUCGGUGUAGGACUGCAGUGUUCUUGGGUAUAUUGCAUGGGCUCCAUUAUCUACAGCUUUGUAUAAUAACUACAAAGGACAGUAUAGUUCACUGAUGCUUGUCUGGUAAAAUAAUUUCUGUGUUAUAAUGGAAGGGGGUUUUGUGAUGUAUGAAACUUGUGGUGGUUUUUUAUAUAAUCGAGUAUAGUGUGGACUAGUGUUGUAAUGCCUCUUCAUAUAUAUGUACACAAGAUGCUACUUAUGAUUUUUAUUGCAGUGUUCAAUCUUAGUUUUUUAGUUCACUUAAAAAAUCAAGCUUUUGCUUGAAAUUUGUUCUUUCAAUUUAGUUAUCAGAUAUGCAAGCAUGUACAGAUAGUUCAUACUUAGGUAUGGCACAUAAUCACUCUAUCCAGCAUCUAUGCUCUGCUGUAUUAUGCAAAUAAUAAAAAUCAUGUACAGAAAGAAA